AUGGAAGGUGUCACCAUUACAGUCCCUGACUUUGGAUCGACAUAUGCUUUAGACUCAAUAGAUCCAAAUUGGCCAAUUUCGUUAGCCACAAAAGCGUUCCACGACUUGAUUAAGAAGUUUGAGAAAGACUUGGGCUAUACGGAUGGCGUCGAUAUGUUAGGUGCACCAUAUGACUGGAGAUACUUUAGAUUUGAUGAGUACUCCCACAAAGAGAAUUGGUAUGAGAACACAAAGAAUUUAAUUAAGAAAGCUUAUGAGACUAAUGGCAACAAACAAGUCGUUCUUAUCUCACAUUCUAUGGGCGGGUUAAUGACUUAUAAGUUACUUGAUUAUAUGGGAGAGGAGUUCACUAAGAAAUACGUCAAACGAUGGGUCGCCAUGUCUGGUCCUUUCCUUGGAGCCGCUAAAACCAUUGCAGCUGCUUUCCCCGGGAAUAAUUUGGAUCUUCCUAUUAGUGCAGCAAAGUUAAGACCAGUUUGCAGACGCGCUGAAACUAUUUCAUUCUUGUUCCCAACUGGUGGUAAUGCUAAUUGGGGUGAGACACCUUUAAUGACUAUAAAAAGCACUGGAAAGGUAUAUACAGUAGAUGACAUGUUAGAGUUGUUGGGAACUCUUGACGAUGAUUUUAAGAAACAACACAGCUACGUAUAUGAGAACGGAAUCAAUGGAUUGUAUAAGAAGUACAACAAUAAAAUGCCUUUCGGUAUCGAAACUCAGUGUUUGAUCUCAAGCCAAUACGAAACUAUUCUCGGAGUCACUAUGGAUACCCCAGACUAUGACACAGGAAAAGCUACUUUGACUUAUGGCGAUGGAGAUGGAACAGUCAAUAUCCAAAGUUUGGAGUAUUGUGCAAAGCUCGGAGGAAUUGUUCAAAACGUCGGAAAAUAUGACCACACUGGUAUGCUUGAUGAUAAGGCCUCGUAUUCUUAUCUUAAGAACUUCAUUUGUAACUGA